AUGUCAUCAGCCGAUGUGACAAUCAAUCAAUUAACUCUAGCAACAACAACAAUUGUUCUUAUUCUAUUAUGUAUUGCAUUUACAAUAGGUAUCAUUGGUCUAUUUUUAAAUAUUAUUGUUUUUACACGACCAGCUUUAUGUCGUGAACCAUGUUCAUUUUAUUUCUUAUCAUCAACAUAUUUUAAUUUGUUUGUAGUACUUAUUGUCAUACCUGUUCGUAUUCUUUCCAAUAGCUUCAAUAUAGAUCUAGGUUUUUAUAAUGUUGGCAUUUGUAAAGUAGAAUAUUUUGCUUUCUAUUCAAUCCGUACAAUAUCUUGUUGGUUAAUUACAUUAGCAUGUAUUGAUCGAUAUAUACAUAGUUCAGCAAAAUCUCAUAUCCGACGAUUAAGUUCAUUAAAAAUAGCAAAAAUAACCAGUGGAAUUAUUAUUAUUUUAAUACCCAUUUUAUAUAGUCAUAUGAUUAUUUAUAUGAAUAUAACAUAUUCGAAUAAUCAAUUAGGAAAUAGAGUACCUAAUUGUAUAUCAAAUAAUGAUAUUCAUCGGGUAUUUCUUGCAAUUUGGUAUAUGACUUUAUAUUCACUUUGUCCAUCGUUUUUAAUGAUUCUUUUUGGUUUUCUUACAUUAAACAAUAUUCGUCAACGUCGUCAAGCAGUUGCAAGAGUAACGAAAAACGAUCGAAUUACUCGACGUACAGAUAGUCAAUUGUUAAGUAUGUUAGCGGCUCAAGUAUUUGUCAUUGUUAUUACUACUCUACCACAAUCAAUUAUUCAACUUUAUGUAACAUUCACUGCAAAUGUAGUUAAAGAUAAACUUCGACUUGCUCAAGAAAAUUUAGCAAGUAAAACUCUUGGUGGAAUGACAUUCUUUGCUCAUUCAAGUAGUUUUUAUUUCUUUACAUUGUCUGGUACGGUUUUUCGCAAGGAACUUCAGAAGUUUCUUCGGCAAUAUAUAUAUCCACAUCAAAAUCGUGUACACAUAAAUAGUGGCGAAACACGGCUUCCAUCAGCUGUACCUGGAAAUCAACAAAUCAAUUGUAAUAAUAUCAUUUGA